AUGAAGAGCUUCUCACUGGAGAUGCCAGACCCACCCAAGCAACUUUUGGGCAUUGACGAGGUGCCAAAGAAGAGUCCCUCCUUCACCAGCAGCUCUUUUGAUAAAAGCCAGACCAGUGGUGCUGGUCCCGCGGCCGUCAAGAAGAGGAUUGCCUUCAGCAGCCGGUCGCCGUCAGUAGAGACCGAGGACUCCAAGGACAGGAGUAGGACCCCGUCACCAGAGUUGUCUCCCAAAAUCAAAAAGAAAGAAGAGGACGUCUAUGUGUCCUUGUAUCAUUUCCGGGCCAAAGAGAAGGACGACAUGGACUUGAGACCAGGUUCCCGUGUCACAGUUAAAACCAAGUCAAAGACAGACUGGUGGAAGGGCAAGUGUAACGGAAGGUCAGGCUAUUUCCCGGCCAAAUACUUGCUGAAGCUGGAGAAGUACCAGCGAGUCUAUCAGGUCAAUCAAACACUGAACCUCACGGAGCUAGAUGGAAUCGGAUUAAGGCUACACAAAGAUCAGAUCGUUGUAGGCGUCGGAGAGACGGAGUCUAACCCAACAACCGUUCACGUGAGAACAGCCAACAAGCGGGAAGCCUUGUGUCCGGUCCAGUUCCUGGCUGAAGUCUGA